AGUUGUUAGAUCUUUCUAUGGCUUCCGCGAGCUGGCUAAACCAGGCAGUGCGAAUAAACAUUUCUAGCUCAAAGAUUGUCUAGCGGCGUAUCCAUGUCAGAUAUUGUGGAUAGCGAUGGGGACGAAUAUGAUGAACUUUCGGAGCUGCGACAACGACAGAAGCCUGAAUCCCAGCCAUCGGUGGAUGAGGCCUUCGAUCUGGACGACCUUCUGCCUACAAUCGGAGAGUUUGGCAAGUACCAGAAGCUAUUGGUCUUCGGCAUUUGCCUGCCCGCCUGCAUUCCAUGCGGUUUUUGUGCUUUUAAUCAGUUGUUUAUGGCUGAUACUCCGGAUGACUAUUGGUGUCGUAUUCCGGAGCUACUCGACUUGCCGCUGGAGCAGAGAAAGACGCUGGCCAUACCCAAGGAAGUGGAUAACGAUGAACUGGUCUUCAGCAAAUGUUAUACUUACGGAGUCAAUUGGACGCAACUGCUUGAAUCAGGGGAAGAGGAUGACUUGAUGAUCAUGGAACCAAACACCAGUUGGCCCUUGGUCAAGUGCAGUCAGGGAUGGGAAUACAACACGAGCACCGUUUGGUCCUCUAUUGUGAUUGAUUUUGAUUUAGUGUGUGAUCAGGAUAUAUAUCCCACGAUUGGAUUGGCUGCCCUAAACACCGGUGGUCCCGUGGGUGUUUAUCUUUUUGGAUUACUUAACGAUCGUGCUGGGCGAAAGCUUUCAUAUUUUAUUUGCUUGGCCACUUUGUUAGCUGGCAGUUUGAUGACUUCGUUGAGCAAGGAUUUCUGGACUUGGGCUGGCAGCAGAGUCAUAGUGGGAUUAACCAUUCCAGCUGUCUAUCAGAUACCCUUCAUAAUAUCUUUGGAACUGGUGGGCGAAAACUAUAGAUCCUUUGUGACAGUUAUGACUUGCACCUUCUACACUUCGGGCAUCAUGCUGCUGUCCCUAGUAACUUAUCUGGAAAGGGAUUGGGUGCGUCUCUCCUAUAUAACCUCACUGCCUUUCUACGCCUAUUUCCUGUACAUGUUUGUGAUGCCGGAAUCACCGCGAUGGCUCUUGAUGCGGGGACGCCUGGAGGAGGCUCUCAAGAUUUUAGAGCGCAUGGCUAGAGUUAACGGCAAACAGUUUCCAGAAGCUGUGCAUCUUAAGCUUGAAGCUCAAAUACGGCGGGAUAAGCUCAAAAAGCAGAAGAAAAAGGUCGUCAAUGUAGGGCUAAGGGAUCUCUGUCGCACCCCUAAUAUGCGCUUGAAGACCAUACUGAUCACGUUGAGUUGGUUUGCCAAUGAGACGGUUUAUCUGGGUCUGAGUUACUAUGGACCUUCGCUGGGCACCAAUCAGUAUGUGAGCUUCUUUUUGUCAGCUGUUGUAGAGCUGCCAAGUUACUUGUGUUGCUGGUACUUCAUGGACACCUGGGGCAGAAGAUGGCCGUUGAGCUUAUCCAUGAUCUUGGGUGGCGUGGCUUGUGUGAUUACUGUAAUGCUGCCGGAUGAUGCUGUAGAUGAGACCCUGGUGUUAUAUCUAAUAUCCAAGGCCUUGCUUUCUGCCUCCUUCCUGAUCAUUUAUCCCUUUGCCGGAGAAUUGUAUCCCACUCAAGUUCGAGGCAUUGGCAUUGGUGCUUCCAGUUAUAUUGGAGGAUUGGGUCUCAUCGUCAUACCAUUUGUUACCUACUUGGGAAAGGACAAUCUUAAGCUACCAUUAGUUAUCAUGGGCUUUGUUUCAAUGCUGGGCGGCAUGACAGGAUUGCGGUUACCGGAGACACUGCAUCAUCGCCUGCCCCAGACCAUCGAGGAGGGCGAGGAGUUUGGCAAGAACUGGCAGUUAAAAGAUUGCUGUAGCUGCGCUCAAAAGCCGGAUGUUUUAUCCCAGCCGCCGUCUUACGAAAACCUGGAUGUCCUGGCUGGGUCCUCCAAUAAUGCUUCUGAGGUGGAGCUGGAGCUGAGAGACAGCCGAAGGGUUCGGGAGCCGACUCCGCGAAUUGACGAGCGCACACCAUUGGAUAUAACGGCCAGUGGGAGUGCUAGACCAAUUCAUCGGCCUUCGAUGAAGCGGUUGGUGCGUCAAAUGAGCAUCAUGGACACCCAGAGGACUCAUGAUGGCACCAUGCAAUUAACACAUUGGAUCUAGGUGUAUAAAAGAGAUUUAUAUAUAGAUUAAAACAAAAUCUUGAUCCAACAUAAAACUAUAAUAAUCAUAGAAUAUACAACCAUUUUGCAGCACAAUGUUAGCAAUUGCCAUUGAAUGUGUAUAAAAUAAAUGUGUUUAUAACAUAUUAAUUGCAGCUGUAUCAUUCCAUAUUAUAUCCAUGUUCCUCAACAGCAUACUCUAUAUAUUUCAUAUAUAGCAAUUUCCCUGUUCGCAUAUCGAAUUCGUUUCCCUUUUCAUUAAUUGUAGGGCAUUACCAUUACGCCUAAGUUGUUUUCACAUCAACAAUAAACAAUGCGAAUUACAAAAAGGUGUA